AUGCCGAAAACGCCGAAGGAUUUCGUGAUAGGAGCCCACCGUGGACCAUUGUUCUCACGAGAAGAAGAGGAUGAAGGGCUCACCAAAACUGAGUCUGCUGGUGGUCUCUCCCUGACCAAAACACCAACUCGCGGCGAAAAGUGGCGCCGUCACUGGCGUCGUUUCUGGCUCGUCUAUCUUGUCGGCAAUGUGAUUUUUCUUGCAAUCUUUCUUCCAAUCUUCUUCCUAGUUGUUAUCCCUGCCGUGGCACAACUAGUAGUAAACAAGUCAGACCUAUGGCUUGUCAAUGCGCAAGUCGUACAGCCAAAGAAUGAUUCUGUGAUCCUAACUCUACAAGCGAACGUGGACUUGAAACUUGCGCUUCCUGUUCGUAUUGAGCCGGUGACACUUAAUCUCUUUGAGCGAGAGUAUGGCCAUGAUAGUCCAUAUGCCGCAGUUGACAUUCCGGGUCAAACGAUCAAAGGCAACUACACCCUUGGGGUUUCUGAUCAGUUCACACCGCUACCAAAUAUGACGGUCUGGGAGAAAUUCGUGAAGCAAGUUGUUUUCCAGGAGACGACCUCACUAGCCAUGUAUGGCAAAAUGACUGCUUAUUUGGGCGUGCUCAAGUGCCAUGUCACGAUGGACAAGAACGUUGUCGCACCAACCUUGAACAAGUUCGCAGGUUUCGCCAUGUCCGACUCCACACUACUCCUUCCUGCGAGAAGCGACGGCACAAACCUCAUCGGAAACAUCACACUCCCCAAUCCCACCGUCUUACACUUCGAAGUCGGUACUCUAAACCUGGAUAUCAAGAUUGGUGACAUUCUCAUCGGGAAUGUCUCUAUCGAGGGAGUGACCCUAGUACCAGGAGAUAACAAAUAUCCACUUACCGGAGUUAUCGACCUGAAGACUAUAAUUUCAAAUCUGGGAGCCGUCCUCAAAGCAGAAGCUUCUGCUCUUACAACCGGAAAUCUCAGUCUAAAUGCAACCACAUCGUCAGUCGUUUGGAAUGGUACCGUGGUUAAAUAUUACACCGACGUCUUGCGCCAGCUCACUCUCACUGCGGAUAUUGGCCUUGGCGAUACCUUGAAGAAUACGUUGAAGAACUUUGCGAGCGGCAAGAAUCUGACUGGAAUUUUGUCCAGCAUUACUGGGAACACCAACAGUUCUGGUACUUCACUUGACCGUCGCGAUGAAAACGAUGGCAAAGCAAGAUUUGACUUGGCGCAGCUUCUCAAAGAGGAUCACGAUGUGCAAGAAGCCUUCCAGGAUGUGAGCCCGGAAAGGCGAGACGGCAUUAUUGAUUCUUUGAUUGCGAUGUAUUGA